AUGACAUUAGUACAGCUGCAAUUAAUAAGCUUAUUAGAGGCUAAGAUCAAAGAUACAUGUAACCAUACUACCGAGACCAAACGUCUACUCCUAUAUGCAUUUCAUAACGCUUCGCCAGAGCAAAAAUCGAAAUUGGAACGUAAUCUCAAGGAGCUUCAGGACCUGCUCAUACUAUAUGAAAUCAUCUCUGAUAUUCCCGAACUCGCAAAAAAGUAUGGAAAAGAAAAGAUAAAUGCGGGUAUUGCAGGAUGGAUUAAUGACUAUAACACGUCUAAAACCGAGUUCGAUCCAACGGAGUCCCUCCCUCGGCUUUAUUGCUAUGGUGUAAUAAAGGAGAAGCGCUUCCAGAUAGUAUACCUCAGACGGAUAUACAACCCUCCAAAAAGCCACUACCCCCUCUCCAGUCAAGUACUGAAAUACUACCGCGCGCAGAAGCUCUAUAAUAACAGGAGGAUUUGGCUAUCUUUAAUAAUAAUGACUUUGAUUUCUCAGGCUAGGGUUGGUUAG